AUGAACGGAGCAAAAAAUCAACCAAGUUUGACAAAAGAAAAGAGAGAACAAUUUUCUGAUGUGUUAUAUUCAAUCUCUCAUAGUGAGAAGUAUGAAACAGUUUUAAAAGAAGUAAUUGAAAAUGGAAAAGAAAAUGAUCUUGAGGCCGUUCUUCAAGAAUAUGUUGACAAAAGAGAAACAGAAAUUCAAACCAUUUGCAAUGAUCAAUUCCAAAAAUUUAUUGGAUGUACUGAACAAUUAGGAACUGUUAAAGAGAAAAUGAUUAAAACACAAGAACGAUUAGAAAAAACAAGUUCACAAGCAAAAGAGUCAAGUGAUAUUUUAUUUAGUAAAAUUAAGUUAUUAAGUAAUAAUAGAGUUUCUACUGUUAACAUUAUGAAAACGUUAGGAUUUGUUGAAAAAUUAAAAACUAUAUUAGAAACAGUUAAAGGAAUUGAAGACGAUAUCAGUAAUGGUCAUAUCUCAAAAGCCUUUAUUGUUUAUGAUCGUUUAAGAAAAUUACAAAUAUUUGAACAAAAUGAAUAUAAAAUUAUUCAAUUAAUUAAUUUGAGACUUGAAACUAUCAAAAGUAGUAUUAAAAAUAAGGCUAUAAAAUUAUUUGAUAGAUGGUGUGAAGCUGUUAAUGAAGAUAAUGAAAAAAUUGGUAUUUCAAUACUUAAUCAUAACAAAGACUUUAUUGUUAAUAAUACUAAUUCUAAAGAAGAAGACUAUGAUGCUUUUGAAAAAUCUGAAAUUAAUUUUGUUUGGUUAUAUGAAGCCUAUUUUAUUCAUAUGUCUUUUCAUACUGAACAAGAUUUUAUUAACCAAUAUAAAGAUUUACAAGAACAACGAUAUACAGCAAUUCAAACUUGUCCAAAUCAAUCACUUCAACAAAUGUUAAGUAAAAUGUUAGGAUUUUUCGUGAUUGAACAUCAAGUUCAACAAACAACUGAAAACAUUGUUAAAUCUGAAGAUUUACAAAAAAUUUGGGGAGAUGCUGCUCAAAAACUCAAAGUAUUCUCUUCUGGUUAUCUCAAUCUUAAACAAGGAUUAGAUGUAUUCCUUAAAACUAAAGAUCAAAUGACAUAUUUUAUUAAAGCUGUUAAAGUUUAUGAUUAUGAUGCUUCUCCUUUAGUUGGUGCAUUACAAAGUAUUUUUGCUAAAUAUGCAAUCAAAAUUGGUGAACAAUAUUACGAAAAAUUAAAGGAUGAAAUUAAACCAGAAUUAUUCCAAGCUACUGCCCCUACUACAGAAUUACAAAAACAGUUUAUGACUCUUAUUGAAACUACCUCAAAUCCAAAUAUGAAAAGUAUUACAUUACCAACAAUAUAUUCAAGAGCUUUCUAUCUUUGUUUAGAAAAGGUAGUACCAUUCAUUGAGGAACUUGAAAGAUAUGAAAUGGAAUUAGAUAUAGCAUUAGAACCAAUAUGUGCUUCAGUACAAGAGUAUCUUUAUGAACUCUUAAAAAUUUAUCCUGAAUUUUUAAAAUCAAAUAAUAAAGCAACACUACAAAUGACAUAUCAAAUUAUGGUUGAUUUAGAAGGGUUUGAAAAAACAACUCCAUUAAUUUGUUCAUUAAUUUCUGAUCAUUUUGGUAAACGAUUUAGUGAUUUAACCAAAAUUGCAAAAGAGUUUAAUAUUAAACAAAAGACUGAAUCAAUUUAUAAAGGAGUAAAAGAAUGGAUUUGUGAAAAAUAUUUACAUACGAUACAAGAUUUUAUGAAAACGUGUGAUACAAUGUCAACAGUUUCAUCAGAAAAAUCACAUGAAUUUAUAGAUUCUAUUAUUAACUUUACUAAAAACCAGUUUUCACAAUUAUCUAUUUUAUCUCCAGUAGUUGUCUCAGAGAUUCAAACUCAAAUGUUACAAAAACUAAAUGAAUCAUUAACUAACCUUAUAUCUAAUUGUCAAAAAUUCAAUUGUAAUUUUAUUAAACAAUUCCAAUGUGAUAUUAUUGCAAUUGAAAACUUUUGUUUGUCUAAUCCUACAUUUAAAAGUCAAGUCUAUACUUUUGUUUGGUGUAAACAAGUAGCAACAUUCUUUAACUCCCCUCAUCCUGAAGAGUUCUUAGUUGAAGAAACAAGAAAUAAACUUUAUAAUAAAUUAUCUGAUAAAACAGAAUUAACAACAUUAAUUAAUAAAUUUGAUACAAAUAGUCUCCCAAGAAAUGACCCUCGAAAGAAAGCAUAUAGCUCAGUAAAAGGACAACUCUCCAAAUUAAAGUUUUAA